UUGAAAAAGAGCAUAACUCUACAUAUGACAGUAGUUAUGGUUGCAAUUGUCGUCUCGUCUCACGGAUUGGACACUACCAUGCGUAGCGUAUCGUUGCUUCCACGUGCAUCCACAGCCUUCUCGUGCAUUCUGACGUCGAUUUACUACUAGCAGUACAUACUAGAGUACUUCAACCCCACCAUCAGCACUCGAACGACCAAACCACCACCACGACGAACGAAACGAAACGAUUUUACGUAGCAACACUCCAAUACUCACACACUCGCACACACACAUACACACACACACGAAUCGCUACAAUGUCAAACCUCGGCAACCUCCUCAGCUGGGGCAUCGAGAACAGCGACCCCACAGCGGCGCCGACCGAACGCAAAACCCAACUCAACCCAGCACUCGUCGCGGAGCUCUUCGGCAUGCGCCAAAAGUCUGACGCGGACCUGAUGAAGGAGGCGAUGGCGGCGAUCCUCGACCCAGAGCUAGACCUCGAGAACAAAGAGAUCGCAUUCGACAACUUCGAGCUGAUGGUUGAGCAGCUGGACAACGCGAACAACAUUGAGAACCUCGCGCUGUGGCCGCCGCUGAUCUCGCUGCUUGGGUCGCCGGAGCAGAAGCUGCGGUUCAUGGCGGCGUGGUGCUGCGGCACCGCCGUCCAGAACAACGUCAAGAGCCAGGAGGCGUUCCUGAGCCAUGGCGGCGUCCAGAAGCUCGUCGAUAUCGUCCUAAAGGAUCCCGCGGAGGACGUCAGGAAGAAGGCGUGCUAUGCCCUUAGCAGUGCCGUCAGGAAUAUGCAGGAGUCGCUGAAGAUCGCGCUGGAUCUGCUGCCUGAGGAGGUGGUCGGGGCUGGCGGCAGCAAGUUGGAUGCCGAUGAUAUGGAGGGCAUCGAUGCGUUGAUGAAAACGCUGCGCGAGCGCGCGGCGAAGGUUAUUAGCCAGUAGUUGGUCGGUGGCGCUUCUCUUUUGUUCUUUUGCUGUUUUGGGUAUAAAAGUUCGGGUGUUUGUGGGGUUUCUUUCUUCUUGGGGUUCUGCGGAUAAUUAGAAGCAUCAUCAACAUCAUUAUCACCGUCAGUGAGAAUAUCGUCCUGUGGUAUCGUUCCGUGUUGACCUGGAGCUUAAAAACAAGUGUUCUCGUUGAUG